UCCGCUAUUUCUAAAUUUAAUCUGAAUAGGACAAUAUCCAAGCGGGAGAGCUGUGGGAAAGAGCCUACCCUGGAGUUUGUCCGCCUCCACCGAAGCAGCCCGAGUUCUAAACUCAGGUUGGACUAGGUCUCGGUCUGUCUGUGCGCGGAGCUCUGUGGCCAGAGAGAGAGAGAGAGAGAGAGAGAGAGAGAGGGAGAGGGAGAAUGAGGAAGAACUCUCAGGGCACCUUUUUGUCCUCCGAUAUGCAGAUUUUCUGAUAAAGCAUCAGUUAUCUGAUCAUCUCAUACAGGUCGUGGAAAACUGCGAGUGUAUGGGAAUCUUUAACUAUUUUUUCUUCACCUAGGUAUCUCGCCUUGAUCUCCUAUAUAACCCAAGACGAAUGUGAGCUGUAAUAGGCUACUUACUACUGACGGCUCUUGCAGCUCUCUAUUGGCAUUUUCACGUCUAGGCUAGGCUACAACAACUACUAUUGCUGACUUAUUCUGCCUGUGGAUCUUGCAGUUGCGUCUUAGAAAAGGUUUAGGAAGCAGAGGAAGUGAACCACUCCAGAAUCAUGGGACACUUUCAGAUCUCCCCCAUUCUCUCCCUUGGCCUUCGGUUCGUGGUUGUCGUAGCGAUCCUGUUCCUCAAAUUCCAACAUGUGACGGCUAUGUCCUCGGAUGUGGACUUGGAUCAGUUUGUGUCUCCUACUGCCAGCAGCAACAUUACUGUGUGCACUACAGCAGGCACAGCAUGCGAAAAAGGGGUGAUUCUGCCUAUCUGGGAACCUCAGAAUCCCUCGUUCGGGGACAAAGUGGCACGGGCGACAGUCUACUUCGUGGCCCUGGUGUACAUGUUCCUCGGUGUAUCCAUCAUUGCUGACCGUUUCAUGGCAUCCAUCGAGGUCAUCACCUCUCAGGAGAAAGAGAUCACUAUUAAGAGACCCAACGGAGAGACCACCACCACCACCGUGCGGAUCUGGAACGAGACCGUGUCCAACCUCACGCUUAUGGCCCUGGGUUCUAGUGCCCCUGAGAUCCUACUGUCCGUCAUUGAGGUUUGUGGACAUGGUUUUCAUGCUGGAGCCUUGGGCCCCAGCACCAUCGUGGGCAGCGCCGCCUUCAACAUGUUUGUCAUCAUCGGCAUCUGUGUGUGGGUGGUGCCCGACGGGGAGGUCCGUAAGGUCAAGCACCUGCGCGUCUUCUUCGUCACAGCCACCUGGAGCAUCUUCGCCUACAUAUGGCUCUACCUGAUCCUGGCUGUCAUCUCCCCUGGCAUAGUGCAGGUAUGGGAGGGCCUGCUCACCCUCUUCUUCUUCCCCAUCUGUGUGUUGUUCGCCUGGGUCGCUGACCGACGCCUGCUCUUCUACAAGUACGUCUACAAGCGCUACCGUACCGGCAAGCAGCGGGGCAUGAUCAUUGAGACCGAGGGYGACCGCCCGCUCCCGUCCAAAGUYGACAUYGAGAUGGAYGGRAAGAUGCUCAACUCUCACGCGGYGGACUUCCURGACGGGCCUCUGGGGCUGGASCURAACGUGAAGGACCUGGAUGARGAGGAGACCCGGCGCGACAUGGCCAAGAUCCUCAAGGAGCUGAAGCAGAAGCACCCAGAYAAGGAGRUGGAGCAGCUGAUUGAACUGGCCAACUACCAGGURUUGAGUUCGCAGCAGAAGAGCAGGGCCUUCUACCGCUGCCAGGCCACCAGGCUCAUGACCGGCGCUGGGAACAUCCUGAAGAAGCAUGCAGCCGACCAGGCCCGCAAGGCCAUCAGCUUGCACGAGGUCCGCUCUGAUGUGGCUGAUAACGACCCCGUCUCCAAGAUCUACUUUGACCCCGGCUCCUACCAGUGCCUGGAGAACUGCGGCACAGUGGCAGUGAACGUGCUACGCCGAGGUGGCGACCUGACCAAGACUGUGUCGGUGGAAUUCCGUACGGAGGAUGGAUCAGCCAACGCGGGCUCGGACUACGAAUUUACCGAAGGGGUGGUGGUGUUCAAGCCCGGAGAGACCCAGAAAGAGAUCCGCGUGGGUAUUAUCGAUGAUGACAUCUUUGAGGAGGACGAGAACUUCCUGAUCCAUCUGAGCAAUGUCAAAGUGCUGCUGGCAGAGGGGGAGGAGGUAGAGAACCCAGAGACCAAUCAUGUGGAGGCGGUGGCCUGUCUCGGUCUGCCCGCCACGGCAACCGUGACCAUCUUUGACGACGACCACGCCGGCAUCUUCACGUUCGAGGAGCCGGUGGCGCACGUGAGUGAGAGCGUGGGUACCAUGGAGGUGAAGGUGCUGCGUACAUCGGGGGCACGUGGGGUCGUCAUGGUGCCCUACAAGACUGUGGAGGGCACAGCACGCGGAGGUGGAGAGGAUUUUGAAGAUACUCACGGGGUCUUGGAGUUCCAGAAUGAUGAAAUCUUCAAAUGUAUAAAGGUCAGAAUCAUUGACGACGAGGAGUACGAGAAAAACAAGACCUUCUACGUGGAGAUGGGAGAGCCUCGCCUGAUGGAGACCAAUGACAGUAAAGCUACAGAGGUGGCUGAGAAGGAGGUGGAAGAGGUGGUGCCGCUAACAGGAGAGGAUGAUGAGGAGCAACGCAUCGCUGAUAUGGGUCGACCCACGCUUGGGGAUCACGUCAAACUUGAAAUCAUCAUCGAGGAAUCCUAUGAGUUUAAGAACACUGUGGACAAGCUGAUUAAGAAGACUAACCUGGCCCUGCUGGUGGGGACUAACAGCUGGAGAGACCAGUUCAUCGAGGCCAUCACUGUCAGCGCCGGUGAGUGGGAUGACGAUGAUGAGUGCGGUGAGGAGAAGCUGCCGUCCUGCUUCGACUACGUCAUGCACUUCCUCACCGUCUUCUGGAAGGUUCUGUUUGCGUUCGUGCCCCCGACAGACUACUGGAACGGCUGGGCCUGCUUCGUGGUGUCCAUCUGUAUGAUCGGCCUGCUCACAGCCUUCAUCGGGGACCUGGCCUCCCACUUCGGCUGCACCGUGGGCCUCAAGGACUCUGUCACCGCCGUGGUGUUUGUGGCCCUGGGGACCUCCGUGCCAGACACCUUUGCCAGUAAGGUGGCAGCCAUCCAGGACCAGUAUGCUGAUGCAUCCAUCGGCAACGUGACGGGCAGCAACGCGGUCAACGUGUUCCUGGGCAUCGGCGUGGCCUGGUCCAUCGCCGCCAUCUACCACAACUCCAAGGGCAACGACUUCAAGGUAGACCCGGGGAGCCUGGCCUUCUCCGUCACCCUCUUCACCAUCUUUGCGUUCAUCUGUGUCGGAGUGCUGAUGUACCGGCGGCGGCCUUCGAUCGGCGGCGAGCUGGGAGGUCCGCGGACUCCCAAGAUACUGACCACCAUGCUGUUUGUCAGCCUGUGGCUGCUGUACAUUCUGUUCUCCUCACUGGAGGUCUACUGCCAUUUCAAGGCCUUCUAAACAGCUACAAACUUAAGAACGCCCUAGAAGAGCUAACCGCAGACAAGGAGGCAACAGCAACAGUGAAAAAAGUUUUUCUCUUGUCGUUAAUAACCCCGACCCACCCCACCAUUUCCCCCUUUUAAGAAGUGAAAGAUCCCUCCCCUAGUGCUUAAAGGAUGAGACUGGUUGUGCAGGCGAGGAGCGGCCUGUCAGCGCUGGGACAGAGACACCUCUGAAGUCUGUAGAAUGACAGUGUGCGUGUGUGUGUGUGUGUGUGUGUGUGU